UCUGAGGAUCCCAGUGGGCGACGCUUCAAAGCACAUGGACUCCACAUUUAUGCUGCUGGAGGAGAACAUUGUCAGUUUUGUAAAGAACGAGCUGAAGACGAUCAAGAAAAGUCUGAGUCCAGAUGACCCAGAAGGCUUAGAGAGUCAGAGGGAGGAUGAAGAGCAGAGGAAGAGCAGCAGAGAGUCAUUUCUGAAGAUCACACUCCAUUUCAUGAGGGAAAUGAAGCAGGACCAGCUGGCUGACUGUCUGCAGAGCAGAAUUUAUUCUGGAUGUUGUCAGUCUAAACUUAAAUCUAAGCUGAAGGAGAAGUUCCAGUGUGUGUUUGAGGGGAUUGCUAAAGAAGGAAACCCAGCUCUUCUGAACCAGAUCUACACAGAGCUCUACAUCACAGAGGGAGGGACUGCAGAGGUCAAUGAUGAACAUGAGGUCAGACAGAUUGAAACAGCAUCCAGGAAACCAGGCAGACCAGAAACAACAAUCAGACAAGAAGACAUCUUUAACCCACCUGGAAGAGAUGAACCAAUCAGAAUGAUGACAAAGGGAGUGGCUGGCAUUGGGAAAACAGUCUUAACACAGAAGUUCACUCUGGACUGGGCUGAAGACAAAGCCACAGAAAUACAGUUCAUGUUUCCAUCACUUUCAGAGAGCUGAAUGUGCUGGAAAGAGAAACAGUUCAGCUUGGUGGAACUUGUUCAUCACUUCUUCACUGAAACCAAAGAAGCAGGAAUCUGCAGGUUUCAAGACUUCCAGGUUGUGUUCAUCCUUGACGGUCGGGAUGAGUGUCGACUCCCUCUGGACUUCAACAACACUGAGAUGGAGGAUGUUACAAAGUCCACCUCAGUGGAUGUGCUGCUGACAAACCUCGUCAAGGGAGAACUGCUUCCGGCUCGCCUCUGGAUAACCACAAGACCUGCAGCAGCCAAUCAGAUUCCUAAGUGUGUUGACAGGGUGACAGAGGUCAGAGGGUUCACUGACCCACAAAAGGACGAGUACUUCUGGAAGAGAUUCAGAGUCAAGAAGCAGGCCAGCAGAAUCAUCUCCCACAUCAAGACAUCAAGCCUCCACAUCAUGUGCCACAUCCCAGUCUGCUGGAUCUCUGCUACAGUUCUGGAGGUUCUGUGUGAAGACCAGAGAGGGAGGAGAGCUGCCCAAGACCUGACUGAGAUGUACAUCUUCCUGGUGGUCGCGUCCAAAGUGAAGAACAUCAAGUAUGAUGGAGGAGCUGAGACAGAUCCACACUGGUCCAGAGAGGGACGAUGAGUGAUUGAGUCCCUGGGAAAACUGGCUUUUAAGCAGCUGCAGAAAGGAAACCUGAUCUUCUAUGAAUCAGACCUGACAGAGUGUGGCAUCGAUAUCAGGGAAGCCUCAGUGUACUCAGGAGUGUUCACACAGAUCUUUAAAGAGGAGAAAGGACUGUACCAGGACAAGGUGUUCUGCUUCGUCCAUCUGAGUGUUCAGGAGUUUCUGGCUGCUCUUCAUGUCCAUCUGACCUUCAGCUCUGGAGUCAAUCUGCUGUCAGAAGAACAACGGAAAUCUGCAGAGACACACUUCUACCAGAGUGCUGUGGACAAGGCCUUACAGAGUCCAAAUGGACACCUGGACGUUUUCCUCCGCUUCCUCCUGGGACUUUCACUGCAGACCAAUCAGAUUCUCCUACGAGGUCUGCUGACACAGACAGGAAGUGGUCCAAAAACCAAUCAGGAAACAGUCGAGUACAUCAAGAAGAAGAUUGAAGAGACUCCCUCUGCAGAGAGAAGCAUCAACCUGUUCCACUGUCUGAAUGAACUGAAUGAUCGUUCUCUAGUGGAGCAGAUCCAACGCUACCUGAGAUCAGGAAGUCUCUCCACAGACAAACUCUCUCCUGCUCAGUGGUCAGCUCUGGUCUUCAUCUUACUGUCAUCAGAAAAAGAUCUGGACGUGUUUGACCUGAAGAAAUUCUCUGCUUCAGAGGAGGCUCUUCUGAAACUGCUGCCAGUGAUCAAAGCCUCCAAGAAAGCUAUACUAACUGGUUGUAACCUCUCCGAGAGAAGUCUUGAAGCUCUGUCUUCAGUUCUCCGUUCCCAGUCCUGUAAACUGACAAAGCUGGACUUGAGUAACAACGACCUGCAGGAUUCAGGAGUGAAGCUGCUGUCUACUGGAUUGGAGAGUCCACACUGUACACUGGAAAGUCUCAGGCUGUCAGGCUGUCUGAUCACAGAGAAAGGCUGUACUUCCCUGGCCUCAGCUCUCAGCUCCAAUCCCUCCCAUCUGAGAGAGCUGGACCUGAGCUACAAUCAUCCAGGAGACUCAGGAGUGAAGCAGCUGUCUGCGGGACUGGAGGAUCCACAGUGGAGACUGGACACCCUCAGGGUGGAGCCUGCUGGAGACCAAUGGUUGACACAAGGUCUGAGGAAGUAUUCCUGUGAACUCACAGUCGACACAAACACAGUAAACAUAGAUAUCAAACUGUCUGACAACAACAGGAAGAUGACACGUGUGAAGGAGGUUCAGUCAUAUCCCGAUCAUCCAGACAGAUUUGACAGUCAUCAGGUGCUGUGUAGUAAUGGUCUGACUGGUCGCUGUUACUGGGAGGUGGAGUGGAGAGGAGGAGUUCAUAUAGCAGUGAGUUACAGAGGAAUCAUAAGGAAAGGGCAUAGUGAGGAUGGGGUGUUUGGCAUGAAUGAUCAGUCCUGGAGACUGUUCUGUUCUGAUGAUGAUGGUGGCCACGCUGCCUGUCAUGAUAACCGUAGAAUACCCAUCGCCUCCUCCUCGGUCUCUAACAGGGUAGCAGUGUAUGUGGACUGGCCUGCUGGCACUUUGUCCUUCUACAGAGUCUCCAAUGACACACUGUUCCACCUCCACACCUUCAACACAACAUUCACUGAACCUGUUUAUCCUGGGUUUUCACUCUGGUCCAGCAAUCUUUCCUCAGUGUCUCUGUGUUCUCUGUAGGAUGGAGAGUAUGACGAAUGAUUGAAACAUGUCCUUCAAAGAUAGAAGCUGUGAGGAUUACCUUGAGGAAAUGUUGUUGACUUUUUACUCUGAGU